AGCGGAACUAAAGUUACAGCAGCGUUUCCCUGUCGGAACGUAAAUAUCAGCGUGCCAAGGAAAAAUGUGAGAAGGCUAAUCUUACAGCUAAUUAUGUGGUUAUCUAUUGAUUUUCACACUCUCCAUAUAUUGAUUACCGAUUACAUUUAAGGAAAAUGAGUGUUUCCUCCCCAGUUGAGCACCUGGGUUGGAGCUUCAGCCUCAAUAGGACAUGAAAUCCCUGAAUAUUCAUUGGAUCUGCCUCCUCCUCCUCUCUGUGUGUCUGUUGCUAUGGUACAAUCAUAUGAUCAGGACUGGACUUGCCAGGAAAACAGGCCUCCGUGGUUACGUAAGGGUUCAUCCCAAGACUCGCUCAAGUUUGUAUUUGCUGGACUUCCGCUGCGGCCGCUGUGCCGUGGUGUCCAGUUCCGGGCAGAUGCUGGGCGGUGGACGGGGUCACGAGAUCGACCAGCAGGACUGUGUGAUCCGGAUGAACGCUGCGCCCACUGUGGGAUACGGGGCUGAUGUGGGGAACAGGACCAGCCUGCGUGUCGUCUCCCACACCAGCGUGCCACACCUGCUACGCCAGCAGGGAUACUUCUUCGGACCAGAGGCGGGAACUAGAUACGUCGUUUGGGGCCCUGAGAAAAACAUGAGGCAGGAUGGAAAGGGGAAAAUCUUCAAUGCACUAGUGAUGCUGGCCAAGAAGUAUCCACAUACACACAUUUACACCGUCACCAGAGAAAAGGUUCAGUACUGUGACAGUGUGUUUCAAAACGAAACAGGCAAAAACAGGAUGAAAUCCGGGGCUUUUCUCAGUACCGGGUUUUUUACGAUGAUUUUGGCUCUGGAGCUGUGUGACAGUGUUCUGGUUUACGGAAUGAUUGACGGCUCUUACUGCAGUCUCGCUAACCACUCGUCCGUGCCGUACCACUACUACGAGCCGUCCCGUCUGGAUGAGUGCCGGAUGUACCGCGUUCAUGAACAUGCGAAGAGGGGCGGCCAUCGCUUCAUCACAGAGAAAGUCAUUUACAGCCGCUGGGCCUCUCAGGGGAAACUACGGUUUGUUUACCCACCCUGGUCACCAUAGUAACAUCAGGAACCAAGUCUGGUUUUGUGUAAAGGUGUAGGUCGGUCUUCAGCAAACAUUUCUCUUCGCAAUGUAAAUACUCGUAUCAAAAAACACUGUGGUGCUUUUAGUGUGUAAAUCAGUUUGGCUUUUAAAUCAUGCUGCUUUUAUUUUUGUUUUAUGUAGUUUUAUUUUAUUCCUUCAGUGUUAAGCUUCAUUUUGCAUAGUAUUCAUAAUGAGCCUUUUGUAUUUCAGUAAUGUUUAUAUUAUUGAGACUGAGAGUGUCACAGAUGUGAAUGUCAGUUUGUCUUUUGUAUGUUAGUCUGAUCUUUGGUAAACUGAACUAGCUAAACUCAUCUGUGUGAGAGGAUCUGAAUUCAUAGUGUGAAUUCAGGAUCAGGAAUAUUCAUGAUGGCAGACAAAUGACCUUUACUUCACAGUUCACAUAAUACCUCUUUCUAUCAAAUGUAAAUAAUCGAAUUAUUUCUACAUUGCGUUGAUCAUACAUGCAGAAUCAUGAAUGAAUCUAUGCAUUGAUCUGCUUUAACAAGACUACUACUGUAGACUACUGAAGCUCAUUUAACAGUAGUCAGGAUGACUAAUAGUCAUUUAUAAAUUUAUUUUAAGUAUUAUUAAGUUAUCUAUUUAUUAGUAAGAAUCUUGCACAACACUGACACCAAUGUUUUUAUUAUAAACACUGUGAUUUCUUAAUAUUUCAUUUCAAUUCAACCAAAUUUCAGAAACUUCCCUGGUUUAAAUUUUUUAUGUUUUUCAUAUUUGUUCUGAAGAAAGAGUGAUGAAAGCAAAAAUAUUAAUUGCCAUGCCAUUAAAUGACAGUUUUGCAGCCAAAUUACAGGGGGUAAAAUGAUUUUAGAGUGAUGGCAGCAUCAUGAUUUUAUUUUUACACAUAGAUUGGAAUUAUUAGUGAAAUGUCUUUAGCAAAAUUUGUUGCAUUUUAUGCCAUUUUUGACAGUUCAAAAAUGUUUGUAUGCGUUUAACUCGGAAUUGCGAGUUAUAAAGUCAGAAUUGUGAGAUAUAAAGUCGGAAUUGCAAGUUAUAAAGUCGGAAUUGCGAGUUAUAAAGUCGGAAUUGCGAGAUAUAAAGUCGGAAUUGCGAGUUAUAAAGUCGGAAUUGCGAGAUAUAAAGUCGGAAUUGCGAGUUAUAAAGUCGGAAUUGCGAGUUAUAAAGUCGGAAUUGCGUGAUAUAAAGUCAGAAUUGCGAGUUAUAAAGUCAGAAUUGCGUGUUAUAAAGUAGGAAUUGUGUGUUAUAAAGUCGGAAUUGCGAGUUAUAAAGUCUGAAUUGUGAUAUAAAGUCGAAUUGUGUGAUAUAAAGUCAGAAUUGCGUGUUAUAAAGUCAGAAUUGCGUGUUAUAAAGUAGGAAUUGUGUGUUAUAAAGUCGGAAUUGCGAGUUAUAAAGUCUGAAUUGUGAUAUAAAGUCGAAUUGUGUGAUAUAAAGUCAGAAUUGCGUGUUAUAAAGUAGGAAUUGUGUGUUAUAAAGUCGGAAUUGUGAGAUAUAAAGUCAGAAUUGAGCUCGUUCUAAACUUGCAAUUCUGAGAAAAAACGUCAGUCUUUUUUCCCUCACAAUUGGAUGUUAUAACACGCAAUUGCGAAUUUAUACCUCACAAUUCUAACUUUAUAACUUGCAAUUCUGACUUUAUAUUGCAAUUCUGAGAAGAAAAGUCAGAACUGUGAGAUAAAAAGUUGCAAUUACCUUUUUUAUUUUUUAUUUCAAGGCGAAAACAAGCUUCCAUAGGUUUAGGGGUAGGGUUAGUGUAAGGCAAUAGAAUAUACAGUUUGUACAGUAUAAAAACCAUUAUGCCUAUGGAGUGUCCCCAUAAACCACAUAUACGUGUGUGUGUGUGUGUGUGUGUGUGUGUUCAUAGGGAAUGUGCUUGUUCAGCCACUAAAAUGUUGAUUUUUCCUGAACAUCAGCUGUUAUGGCGGCUGUAUGUACAGGUAGGUUCAUCUCUGUGUGCAUAAAUACUGUCUGCAAGUCAUUUCAACUAUUUUAUCAUUUGCCACGAUCACAACACUAACCCAAUUGUGUUUAUCUCAAUUUUUAUUUUCUGUAAAGCUGAAAGAAAAGGUUACCAUGUUUUUAUGAUUAUAUAAGUUUAUUUUUGUAUUUAGUCAAAGUUGAAAGUUGCAAAAUGUUACUGCGGAUCCAUAUGGUACUAUUUUCAGUAUUCCAGUACUGCAUGCGUAUGUUCUCUGAAGACUGUCCUUAGUGCUUGUCUUAUCAAUGUUUAUCUAUUUCAUGUAUUAACCACAGAGAAUAUAACUGUAUGAUUUGUAAAUUAUUAUAUAACAAGGUCAUAUUAUGAAUUAAUAUCAUAAAAUGAUAUUGAGUUUACUGUGUAUUUUUUUUUACGUUGUCAUUUUUUUCUACUACAUUACUCUUUUUAAAUUUAAGAGAUUCUUGCACACAGGAGUUUCAGCUAUUUAUAUGUGAUUCAGCUGAAGUCAUUCUGUGAUGAAUCAGGCUAAAGUUUAGGUUUGUCUUGAUAUAUAUCUGACAUUUACAUUUGCAGUUAUUAAACUAUUCAGUAUUGUGA